AUGGCAACAGCAACAGGCGGAGGAGAAGAAGCAACAAUACAACGCAUAUUACGCAUUACUGACGUUGCACAGGAAUCACUUGAAAUUCUUGCACCCAUAAGUGGUUAUUCGAGAGUACCUCUUGUUUCGCUUGAAGAAGCAGUCAAACCACUUGUUCCUAUUCUACCUGAUGUUCAAAGUAAUGCAUACGUCGCUAAGUUAAAAUGUAAGAAACCUGCCGAUGAAUUAACACAAGACGAAUCUGCUUCGAUUAUGCUUUACACCAUGACAUGGGAGCCUCUCAAGGAAUGUCUCUAUAUGGUCUUGAAUGAUAUACUACGAACAAAGGAUCGACAACAAAAACUCGCACCUUGGUAUCUUUAUUUGAGACUUUUUUUAAAUGCAUUGUUUCGUCUUCCGUUGAUUCCCACAACCGCAUACAGAGGUGUUAAAUUAGACCUCAAAAAUCGCUAUAUCGAAGGAGAAACAAUUGUGUGGUGGGGUUUUUCAUCGUGCACAACAUCUAUGGGUGUACUACAAUCAGACCUAUUCUUGGGUAAAAGUGGUACUAGAACCAUGUUUACCUUACAAUGUAAAUCAGCAAGAGAUAUCCGUAAACAUUCGUUUUUUCCAACGGAAGAUGAAGUGCUUCUUAUGGCCGCAACACAAUUUAAAAUAGUCAGUUCUCUUGAUCAAGGUGAUCUUCAUAUGAUUCAAUUGGAAGAAACUACGCCACCUUUUCCACUCCUACAACCAGUACCCAUUGUUGGUUCAUUACCAAUGAAUUCAAAUCCACCCGGUGAUCCUAUUUUAACUGCUAUCGUCAAAGUCGAAGAAAAACCAGAGACACAUCUGCCCAAAUCUCAAAUCGAUACACAUGAAGUAGCUGCCGGUACCAACAAUAAUAUAGGAAUCAACUCCAUUACAGACUCAAUGUCUGCCGUAAAAAUCAGUGAUGCAACAGAAAAAGUUAAUAUUCCUGCUAAUGCCACAUGGGCACAGAACGGAGUGACUAUUGCUGGAGGUCAUAGGGAAGGGGAUGCCACUAAUGAACUCAACGGCCCUCGAGGUCUCUUCGUCGAUGAUGAUCAAACAGUGGUUAUUGCUGACUGGGGGAAUCAUCGUAUCAUGCAAUGGAAGAACGGUGAUACAACGAAUGGACUAGUUGUUGCUGGUGGUAAAGCCCAAGGAAAUAGAUUACAUCAAUUGUAUUGCCCAACUGAUGUAUUAAUUGACAAAGAGACGGAUAGUCUCAUUAUUUGUGAUCAAUGGAAUCGACGAGUUGUACGAUGGUCUCGUCGUAAUGGUACAACACAAGGCGAAAUACUCAUUGGUAACAUCCAUUGUUGGGGAUUAGCAAUGGAUGAUCAGAGAAAUCUCUACGUUUCUGAUAUCGGUAAACACGAAGUAAGGCGAUAUCAAUUGGGUGAGAAGAAUGACACUCUCGUAGCUGGUGGUAAUGGUAAAGGUGAUGGUCUCAGUCAGUUCAACUGGCCGACAUAUCUCUUUGUCGAUCGAGAUCAUUCAGUGUACGUAUCAGACGACGAGAAUCAUCGUGUAAUGAAAUGGGUGGAAGGUGCAAAAGAAGGUAUUGUGGUCGCUGGAGGACAAGGCAGAGGGAGUGCUCUGACACAAUUGUCUCAUCCUACUGGGCUCUUCGUUGAUACGUUGGGUACACUCUAUGUAGCAGAGUCGCAGAAUCAUCGUGUAGUGCGUUGGACUCAAGGAGACAAGAAACAAGGUACUGUAAUUGUGGGUGGAAAUGGUCAAGCAGGAGGAGCAAAUCAGCUCAACGGCCCCAGGGGUCUGUCUUUCGAUCGACAUGGUAAUCUCUAUGUUGUCAAUCAUUGGAGUAGUCGUGUUCAACGAUUUUCUAUCGAAUAA